UUCGCCCUGGACCACGCACCCAGUGCGUCUGGUGCAGUAGGCCGAUAAGUUUAUACCUAUCAACGUGGACUUCUAAGCGGACAGUUUGAAUUUCAAAUGUGUUCCUCGAACAUAGUCUAGACACGAUACUACGAGUAUUGUAGCAAACUACAAUCCUAGUGAGUGUGAGGAAAGAAUCUGUGCGAAAGUUUAUUCUAUUGGACACAUUUGGUGGAAAUGUUAAGCUGGAGAAUACUUUUGUGCGUAAUUAUAAUUACAGUAUUGCACAAAGCAGACUCGGCCAGUCUACCGUUUUUACGACCAUCUUAUAUCGGAGAAAUUAACAAUAUAGAGAAGGAACGCAAGGAAAUGCGUGCGCCAGCUGAUAUAAUCCGUGCUCUAGUGAGAGAAGGUGUGCCGCCUCCACUUUGUGCAGGGCGGUGUGUGUCGCCACCUGCGGGUCCGGUGUGUGCUUUCGACGCAACUGGGACCGCUAGGACUUUUGCUACAUUAUGCGAGCUGGAGGCUGUGUCGUGCCGUGAAAGUACAUACUACGCAAUAACCAGUCUCGGAGAGUGCUGACCUACCAAAGAAGAACAAUUAUUUUUACAAAAUAAAUUAACCAGUUAACUUAGCAUGCGUAUUUGAAAAAUAUUUAACGGCAGUAUACGCCCCGUCUGAAAAAAAACAUUAAACUUAAAGCCUAGUUUACGGUGUCAUAAUCGGCACAUUGUAAUAGUCAGAAAGUUUAACUAUUUGAUAAUGAAAAUCAAGGCAACCGUUCUCAAGAAAAAAGCAUCUAACAAUAAUUUAUCAAACAUAGUUUUAAUGAAUUUAUUUUUUAUACAUCGAUUGUUGUACAUCUCGAUUACGUAUGUAUUUUAGUAAGAAUCUUUCAGGUAUCACCAAAACUGGUACUACACGUUUUUCGGUCCCUAGUAUUAAGUCGAAAUGUAGAAUAAGGUUUUUUUUUAUUUAUUGUAUAAAAUACAAAUCGUCACAUUCAAUGAUUGUUGGUUUACCUACACUUAAAUUGAAUAAACAUCAGAACGGCAUCAGAAUGAAAAGGGCUUAAAAUUUAAGUUUGUGUUAACUGACGGUAUAUAAUAAUUAUAUAAUACAAAAAAAGAAACUUGUCUUGUUUAGGACAAACUGUAGUGUGUGUGAAAUUGUUGUCAAAUAACAUAAUAUUAUUAUGUGGUAAUAUUUUAUUGGAUUACAUCAAGAAUAGAGAAAAGAACAUUACUUUCAGUGGAGUGACUUUAAUUUAAGAGAGACGAAUUCCAUCAGAUCCAGCGCACGCUCCCUUGCUUAAUACGUGUAGAGCUGAAACAUAGAGAAAGAAAAUUAGUAGUUUAAAAUAACAUGCAUUUAACCAUACAUCAGUACUUCUUUUUGUACUUGUUAUUGUUCCACUAAAUAUCUACGAAUCCUAAAACUCUUUCUGCAGAAAUAAUUUAGCGAUCGAUGAAUCACGUGGUCAAACUCGUAUAUUAAUAAUAAUAAAAUUAGGUAAAAUCCAUGAAAAAUUGUCACGUUUUACUUAUCAUCAACGUAUUUGAUAAUCGUUCAAUUAUAUUGACUAGUCGCAUUGAUAUUAGAAUAAAAAAAUUUGAAAGUGUACAAAAUCACAGAUUGUUAACUAAAAAUAAAAAUAUAAUUAUGUAGUACUGUAAUUGAUUCGCUUAAGUGAAUAUUAAUCAACUUGUAACUUCGCUCCAAUAUUCCUUGUUUUAAUAUACAGAAUAAAGUAUGUUAGCCAGCAUAAUGUAAUUAAUCAGAUUA